AUGGCAACGAAACCGUUGAAUCCUUUAGUGCAGUGGGCACAACGUGAGCAGUUGCUGUUUCUAACGAUCGAGGUCGAUAAAGUGGAAGCACUCGACAUCACCGCUAAAAACCUGCAUGUUAAGGGCAAAUAUGCUGGCGCGGAGACACAGUAUGAAGCAACGAUUGAGUUCUACGCUGAUAUCAAGACGGAUUACCGCAAAAGUGCGAGUGGUCGGAAUUUGGAACUGGUUAUUAAUAAAGAGGCUGCUGGUUGGUGGCCUCGACUGCUGAAGGGUACCGGAAAGGUUGCUUGGGUAAAAGUGGAUUUCAAUAAGUGGAAAGACGAAGAUGAUGAAGAGGAGGAUUUGGACGCCGGUGGACCGGGAGGGUUCGAUUUUAAUAAGUAUAUGGCGAAUAUGGGCGGAGAUCAGGGGGGUAUGGCUGGUGGAGCGCCAAAUUUGGACGAUUUCGAUGAUGAAGACGAAGAUACUGAAGAUAUGCCAGAUCUCGAGGAUACUGAGGACGAGAAGAAAGUGGAAGACGAGAAGAAAGCGGAAAAAAGCGCGGAAGUUGGUAAGGAUAAGGAGAAUGCAGAGAAUGGACAUGCGGAACCUAAGGCCGGAACUGCGAGUGGGGAUGGUGCCCAGGAGGUGCCUCAAGAGGCUGCAUAA